CUCCCAGCAUCCCAAAUAAGACACAUGCUCCUGGGCUGGGCUUCUCACUCACGUUAAGAUCUCCUGGACACAGCUUCUCCAAGCUUCUCUCUCUUCUUAGUUUUGCCUGGCUUCAUGGGUUGAAGGGCAGUCAGCGUUGUCCACAAUAUCGCAUCUCACAUCCACUCCUGAUCUUCUCACCCACACGUUCACACUCCAGUCUACAUCAUCUUAAGUACUAUGGUUAAUUCCUUAAACAUGUCUGGACUUGUCGCAGCGCCGGAGGCCUCCAGCGGAGAGAGCUGCGAUCGGCUGUAGUCGACUUCAGCUGCAGCACCGGCAAUCCACCUGCCACGGCGUGAAAGGGGUCCCCUUAGCUGUGAUCUGUCUGCCUGCAGGGGGGACCCAGCGCGACUGGGCAGCAGGUACUAUGCAUUUGGGACUGGUGGUGCUGACAGUGGUGUUCCUCAGCUCCAUGGGUCACGGCGAUAACCUCAGGGUCUCCAGAGGCAGAAGACAGAGAAGAAUAAGCACUGAAGUACCACCGUCGUGCUCCAAUGGCUGUGAACACUGCUCUGAAUACAACGGAUGUCUGAAAUGUCGUCCCCGACUCUUCAUCCUACUGGAGAGAAAUGACAUCCGUCAAAUAGGCGUUUGCCUCGCUGCAUGUCCUGUUGGAUAUUAUGGAAUUCGAAAUCGAGAUAUGAACAAAUGUACACAAUGUAAAAUUGAAAACUGUGAGGCGUGUUUUAGCCGAAAUUUUUGCACAAAAUGUAAGGAGGGCUUGUACUCGCACAGGGGCCGAUGUCUCUCCAGCUGUCCUGAUGGGUUCAGCACUGUCAAUGGCACUAUGGAGUGUGCAGUCCAGUGUGAUCUAAGCGAAUGGAGCCUGUGGGGACCUUGUAUGAAGAAGAACAAAACAUGUGGCUUUAAAAAGGGAAACCAGACCCGUACCAGGGAGCCCUUGCAGCUUCCAAGUCCUGCCACCUCCACCGGGAUCGUACCUCCCUUGGGCUGCGUCCCAGAGAUCCAGACCCAGAGAUGUACCGUGCAGAAAAAGAUCCCAUGCAAAGGAGAAAAUAGAUACUCUCAGAGCCCUGGAGAUAAAAAUGGCAAGAACCGAAGCCGGGAUUCCAAGGAAGGUGGAAGAGGGGGAAACAAGAAAAGAAAGACCCAAAACCGGGCAACCACUGCCUCCACCAUUACAACAAGCACGGUGACCUAACCGUAUCCUGGCAUUAGAUGGACCUAAAAAGAGAAAGGUCUUUGGAGAUAAACUGUAUUUGAUUGUGACGAUAUCAAAAUUAUGCAAAAAAAAGGAUUAACGCUGCUAAACGGAAAAAUGCUCAUGAGAACUGGAGGUUUGCUGUAAUAAAUAAUGAACUAUGUAAACUGAGUAAGGAAUCAAGGAGCUGGGUUGGCUUUUCCGGCGAUUUGGAAGCAACCAAUAGGACUGGUCUUGUGCAGGGUCGUCUUCCCACAGGAAACCAUUUGUGGUUGGAGAAAUGUUCCAUAUGUUGCUUUAUAGACCUAUGACUAGGUUUCCGAGUUAAGAGCCAUUGCUUUAACAUCUAAAAUAUCUUAAAACGCACUUGUGGUUCACCUAAUCCAGCUGUAAACACAUUCAUUUCUCCAAUGUUGGAUCUCCUUAUGCUUGUGACAGGUAACACACGUCUGGAAUCUGUCUGCAACUACUUUGUACUGCAGACUCGGAGGAAAAUGUUAUAGUGCUUUAUUUUUUUAAUCUGUUGUUUUCCUGUUGUUUUAUUGCAAAAGAAUGGCACUGGAACUGAUAUCGUGGUUUACAGAGAGAGUUUGGAAAAAGAAGAACUAUGUUUUCCUUUCAGUAAAUCUGUAUAAUCUAAAUACUCAAAUGACUCGGAGGUGAUAUUGUACACAGCACCUAGAGACAAACUCAUGUUCACCUAUAAUGUUUAGACCAGUUCUCAUUGUUUUAGCUCAUAAAACAGCCUAUGAAAAUAGAAAAAAAAAUGUUGUUUAGGAGAAAAUGCAUUAUUUUUACACAGAAGAGGGCAGCAAUAAUAUGAAGAAUGUAGCCUAUAGUGAUUUAGUAUGUUUAUGAAAGCUUGUGUACGUGUGUCCAUUGCGUUUUUCAGUCUGUGUUCUGUUGUGCACCUUUAUAAGGCAACAGGAAGAAGAAACGGUUGUCUCCUUACAGAAGUCCACAUUACACUUUGCAGUGUUUUAGGAACUACAUUAUGAAAAAAGGGCUUUUUUCAUGUUUGCUCAGUUAUAUUCGCAACAAGGUCAAUAUAUCACAUCCUUCAUCAGCAGUAACGUUUUGUACAUCAUACAGUCAUUUAAAUGUAGCAUCAGUUGUAGCUUUUCUUAGUCUGUUUGACACAGCCCAUUGACUUCAUGAGGGCAUAUUCAACAUUUACACCCAUAAUGAGUGCUGAACAUGUCAGCUUCAGUUUAUCUUGAUGCAAUGUAUAUUGUUAAUAAAAACAUGCAUACAAAUAAAAGGAGAGGUAAAAUGUA